AUGCGCCUUUAAGAGGCAGCAACUAAUUAUUGUUGUAAACAUUAUCUUGUUGCUAAUGCUCUUAUUUUUAUUCCCAAUAUAACUGUAACAAAAUAGGAUUUUGCUCCUACUACACCAACUACCAAAUCACCUGUUCAUCAUUAAAACUUGAUACUGGAACUAAAAGAAUAGUUUUUUUCAAUUCACAAGUUGCUCCUUAUUACUAACUGCAAAUAAUCAAUAGAAUUGUUUUUUUAUGAAAUGAAGUGA